AUGGGUUUCGAGCUGAUGUCUUUCGAGCUCGUGUCUUUCGAGAUUUUGACUUUCGAGCUAGUGUCUUUCGAGCUCAUGUCUUUCGAGCUCAUGUCUACGUCCCACAUAAAAGCUUCUACGAUAUACAACUACAUUGUAAUAAUGGAAGUGACGGCCACUGAAUACGAAAGGAUGUCUACCGGCGCUCAGGAAAACGCCCGACAAUUGGUCGACAAAAUAGUGGCCGACAAAAGACAUUAUGACAUAAUAUUGGACAUCGGGUGCGGAACCGGUUAUAUGACUGAACUGUUGGCCAAAACCGUAAAACACAACCGCAUUAUUGGUGUCGAUAUUACCGAACAUUUCCUGUCGUUUGCCGAACAGAACCACAAACCCAUGGAUUCCGUCGAGUAUUUGCUUCAAGACUUCAGCAAAACAUGGGAUGAAAUGAGUCCCGCGUUGAAGGCAUUGGAGUCUAAGGUAUCGCUAAUCGUAAGCAACAGAGCCUUACAUUUCUUCGAAGACAGGCCGAGACUAAUGCAUGUCAUUAGCCGACUGUUGGCCAAAAACGGGACACUUGUGGCCACAUAUCCGCUGACACCGGAUCUCAUGUCUCGCAUAACCGAUGAGGAGAAGCGUGCGUUUGGUUUGCAAACCUUUGCCACCCCUUCGCCCGACGCACAGAUUGACGCUAUGGUGAGGGCGUGUGAGAGCACCGGAUUUAAAGUGCUGGACAAACAACAGUAUCUCUACGAGUGGCACGUCAAUGCUAAAAUUUUCGUUGACAGGAAGAAAUUUCCGCCGAUAUUCGGGCCGUUAUUAUCAACUGAUAGCGAAGCAAAACAAGCGCUCAUUCAAAACCUAUUCUUUGAUGUGGCACUCAAUCCAAACGCCCAGCGCUUAAAUGUCAACGCGAUUGCAGAGCUCGGCUCCCCUCCAACCCUGCAAACUAUAUUCCACAUACCCUUGGUCAAUUUUAAAUGCAUUAAACAA